AAGUACUCUAACCGCCAGCAUGGAGUCCGUUGAUCCUAUGCACCUGAUUAGCCUACUUAUCUUCUUGUCUCGUCAUCGAAAGUCUGACUUCAAAGCCGACCGUCCUGCGAGAUGCGUUGGCAGGCUGUCAGGCAGUUCCUCUGGGGGGAGAUACCCUCUUCAAGGUUGGAGCGGAUGCUUCUCUUGAAAUUAGACUGGUUCAUUUUGUCAUACUGCUGUCUAAUGUAUUUCACGAACUACCUUGAUCGAGCAAAUGUAAACAAUGCGUAUGUUUCCGGAAUGAAGGAAGAACUCAAUAUGCAGGGAAAUGACUUCAAUAAAAUUAAUACCAUUUUUACGUGUGGCUACAUUGUCGGAAUGAUUCCCAACAACUUGAUGCUCCAGAUCGUCCCUCCAAGAGUAUGGUUUCCAUCAAUGCAGAUAGUGUGGGGUGUGCUCACCUUCUGUUCAAGUAGCGUCCAGAACGUCCAACAGCUGUACGCUAUCAGAUUCUUCCAAGGCAUAUCAGAAGCAUCGACCUUUGUAGGCACCCACUAUAUUCUUGGAUCUUGGUAUAAGCCUGGGGAGCUGGGUAAACGCUCAGGAAUUUUUACAAGUUCGGGUCUUGCUGGAACACUGUUUUCUGGUGUGCUUCAAGCAGCCGUUUACCAACAUCUUGGAGGCGUCGGCGGAAGAAGCGGAUGGCGGUGGCUCUUCAUCAUCGAUGGUGUCAUCACGCUCCCAAUCGCGCUUUACGGCUUUCUCGUUUUCCCCGAUGUGCCGUCGACCACCAAAAUAUUUUACCUCAGUGAAGAGGAACGGGUUCUCUCCCAAACCCGUCUUGACUCUGAUGUUGUCCAUCAUGGUCUCUCUUGGGAUCUCGCUAAGAGAGUGCUUAGCCGCUGGCGUUGGUACGGGUGCAGUCUCCUCUUCGCCGUCUCAGGAGAAACUGAAAGUUUCGGCUCCAACAAUUUAAUGGGCCAAUGGCUGUCUGCCAUCGGCGGUUAUACCGUCGAGCAAGUCGAUUACUAUCCAAGUGGAGUCACAGCUUUCGGUAUUGCAUCCACGCUCGUCUGCGCUACCUGGACAGACUAUACGCGAGCAAGAUGGCCCGUACUCGUGUACAUGUGCUUCUGCUGCACAGUCGCUGCGAUCUGUAUCCUUGUGUGGAGUACUCCAACGGGAUUGAAAUUCUUCGCGUAUUAUUUCGCAGGAGCCGCGUAUUCCGGACAAGCUACCACGUUUGCUUGGGCAAACCAGAUAUGUGCAGAUGAUUAUCAAGAACGUGCUAUUGUGCUUGCCUCCAUGAACAUGUGGAACAACGCAGUCAACGCCUGGUGGCCACUCCUCUUUUACCCUGCCACAGAUGCGCCUCGCUUCAAAAAGGGCAUGAUCGCCAUGAUUUGCACCUGUGCAGCGACAUUGGGCGUGACUUGGCUGGUAUGGUAUUUAGAGCGGAGAGAGCACCGUUUGGCAGAAAGGAAAGUCGUAGAGGAUGCAGACCAGAUGAGAGAGGAGAGCGCGAGCCCCACCGAAACACACAAGCCGUUGAAGGGGGAGUAGUAACAAAGGUUAUUCAUUGUGCUUGUCACACGAAAACCAUUCAAUAUAACAGU